UGGAGUGGAGUGGAGCGGCCCGUCCCGGCCUCGCCUCGGGGGCCCGGCCAGGCAGCGGUUCGGCAGGCGGCCCCUCUCCCUCGCAUUGCCCCUCGGGGCGCUGCGGCGGCACAUCCUCCCCGCUUAGCCGGGCAGGAAUCAGUAUCCGGGUUGGCCGGAGCGAAGGGCCUCCGCGGGGACGGGAGGAGCUCCGCCCGAAAUGGGGUCGUUGCGCUUCCUGUGCCUGGAGUCCCUGGGGCGAGGCGGGCACCUGUUCGGUCGCUCCAAUGAGUAACUGCGUGCACCGUCAGUCCAGGUGUUCUUGGCUUUUGCAGGGGAAAAGUGGCUUGACUGAAGCCCCCCGCCUCCGUGGCGCCAAGAUUUGACCCCAGGACUUUCUCCAUCAUUGGAAUGGAGUUGGCAAUGGAGCCAAUGAGAGACCAGGAAUUUGCUGGCACCAAACUGGAAAGGGGACUGGAAGGAGCAGGAAAAUCCAGAAGCGUGAUUGACCCUGAAUAUAUGACAGGCCAGUCAGGAUGGGGAGCACCGUGGAAGGGAGAGGGUAAUCCAAGGAAAGGGAGGCAGGAGCACUGGAAAACCCAAUGGCAACACUUCCUGGAAUCCCAAGGGACAAAUCUAAUGAUGUCAGAGGCUUCUCCUUGGGAAGACACAAAGGCCUUUCUAACCUCCUUUGAGCAAGUGGCUGAAGCCUGCCGAUGGCCUCGUGGAGAGUGGGUGGCUUGUCUUUUGCCAGCGCUGAGUGGAGAAACUGAAGAGGCCUUUCACAGCCUGGAAGCCAAAGAUCAAAAAGACUAUGGGAAGGUGAAGGCCGCCAUCUUGCGAGGGGAAGCCCUGAAAACAGAGAUGCAACGCCAGCAUUUUAGGCAGUUCUGCUGCCAGGAGGUGGAAGACCCCCGGAGGAUCCACAGCCAGCUCCAGGAGCUUUGCCACCAGUGGCUGAAGCCAGAGAAGCACACCAAGGAGCAGAUCCUGGAGCUGCUGGUCCUGGAGCAAUUCCAGGCCAGCCUUCCAUCAGGGCUUCAGCACUGGAUCCAAGCCCGAAGGCCAGACACGUGUUCCCAGGCUGUGGCUCUCCUGGAGGAUUUCCUGAUGAAUCAACAGGACAGGACUGAGAACUCCCCUAAACCAUUAAAGGAGGAGCCGAUGGACUUUGUAGUUGCAGAGAAAAAGCCCUUGAAUGCUGCCGAGAGACCAAUUUGUGGAAAAACAGAGCAAAAUGUGGAGAUUGGCUUGCAGGGCAAUGGAUUCAAACCCCCAAGUCCCUCUCCUUCAUCCCUUCCUCCCGAAGGAGAGGAAAUAGAGCAAACGUGUGGGAAAGAGAGAUCAAAACAUCUCAAGGAAACUGGAGGGUCUUUGCAGAUUGUGAAGCGGAGUUUCACCCAGCCUGGCCGACAGACUAUGCUCUGGCAAGUCCUGCAGAAGGAUGAUGGUGGGAAUACAGAUAUUUUGGGAGAUGAAAUGGAAAAUCACAUCAAAGUGGAACUUCCUCUGGGUGAAGAAACUGAACUGGAGGGUAGAUGCCAGACAGAAUCUCAUAUAAAAUAUGGCCAUGCACCCAUGCCAACUGAGACACAGGAGGAAAUGUGCAAGUCUGAAGAACAGCUGGGGAAAUUAUCAGUUGGAAUGCACAAUAAGUGUAUUAAGUUUGCAGAACAUCUCACGGCUUCAAUUAGACAGCCUUCUGAAGUACUAACGGGAAGGGAGGUAACCAUGUUUCCCAACUGUGAUAGAAGAUAUCACUACAAAUUAGAACGUGAUGAGACACACACUAGUGAGGAUUUUCAGAACUGUCCUAUGUCAGCCAUAAACCUCCCACACAAUGUAUAUAUUAAUAAACUGGACAAAACUAUUAGAGAUGGGGGACAGUGUGAAUUAACUAAGCAAAGUGAUGGAGAUACUGUGAAUUGUUAUCGGAGUUAUCACAUAGUAAAGAAACCAAAUGACUCUUCUAAAUGUGGGAAGAGCUCGAGUUAUACAAAGUCAUUAAAAACAAAUCAAGGAAUUCCAAGUGAAGAGAGACCAUACAAAUGUUCUCAGUGUGGGAAAUACUUCAGUCGGAGAAGCACUUUGAAGACACAUCAGAGAAUUCAUACUGGGGAGAAACCAUACAGAUGUUCUCAGUGUGGGAAAAGCUUUAUUCAGAGAGUACACUUAAAGAGACACCAAAGAACUCAUACUGGGGAGGAACCUUACAAGUGUCCUCAGUGUGGGAAAUGCUUCAGUCAGAAAAUAAAUUUGAUCUACCAUCAAAGUAUUCAUACUGGAGAGAAACCAUAUAAAUGCUCUGAGUGUGGGAAAAGCUUCCGGUGGAGUAAAUGUUUGAAGAUCCAUCAGAGAAUUCAUGCUGGAGAGAAACCUUACCAGUGUUCUCAGUGCGGGAAAUGCUUCAGCCAGGGAGGAGAUUUGAAGAAACAUCAGAGAAUUCACACAGGAGAGAAACCAUACAAAUGUUCUGAGUGUGGAAAAAGCUUCAGUCGGACCGAACAUUUGAAGAGUCACCAAAGAACUCAUACAGGAGAGAAACCCUACCAGUGUUCUCAGUGUGGGAAAUGCUUUAUUCUCACUGGAGACCUGAAACGCCACCAGAGGACUCAUACCGGGGAGAAACCAUACAAAUGUUGUCAGUGUGGGAAAUGCUUCAGUGCGCAAAAAAGCUUGAAGAAACAUGAGAGGAUGCAUACUGACAACAUGAAAGUCAUUGGUAUGAGAAAAUCUUCCAUGAGAGAAUCUGUCGAAGAGCAGGAAUAUCACAUGCCCCAAGGGUGGGAGAAAUUUCUGGUGGGGAGAGAGGGAUUGGCAACUCCGCUUGCCAACUGAAAGUAGAGAUUCAUAAGGAGAAGUGGCCAGUACAAAGGGCAUAGGACUUGCUGAUUUGUAUAUAUAAAUAUGUUCAACAGUUUAGAAUAAAAAAAGAGAAAAAACCA